AUGGAUGAACAGGGAAGGAUGUUGACUAAGAAGGAAGACAUAGAAGAGGCUUUUAUAGAAUAUUUUAAGAAACUUUUUAGGUCGACUGGUCCAUCACAGGAGCAUGUUUUUGACUGCAUCAAAGUAGUGAAACCAAAGGUCACUGAGGAAAUGAACAGAUCCUUAUCCUCAGCCUUUACCAGAGCAGAGGUUGAAAGAGCCAUAAAGCAAAUGGCCCCUUUAAAAGCACCUGGACCCGAUGGCCUAGGAGUUUGUUUUUAUUUGGAUCAUUGGAAGGUGGUGGGGGAGAAUGUCAGUAAUGCAGUAUUAUCUUUUCUAAAUGGAGGGGAGCUAGAUGAUCUAAUGAAUUACACAUACAUUGCUCUUAUCCCUAAGGUUAAAAACCCCACUGUGUUGAAUGAAUUCAGACCUAUAAGUUUGUGCAAUGUUGUGUAUAAGAUUGCUUCAAAAGUUAUUGCAAAUCGUUUAAAGUUAAUUUUGGGUGCAAUUAUAUCCCCCUCUCAGAGUGCUUUCAUCCCUGGCAGAAUGAUUUCAGACAACAUUAUGGUUGCAUAUGAAGCCCUCCAUACUAUGAAGACUCGACAAAAAGGAAAGCUUGGUUCCAUGGCUAUUAAACUAGACAUGUCCAAAGCUUAUGACAGAAUCGAGUGGAGUUUCCUUGAGGCUAUGCUGAAGCAGUUGGGUUUCUGUGUUAGCUGGUGCAGGUUGAUAAUGAGGUGUGUCUCAUCUGUCUCUUAUUCUGUCCUAGUCAAUGGAAAACCUGGAAGAAAGUUCAAGCCAUCAAGGGGUCUGAGGCAAGGGGACCCUAUUUCCCCAUACCUCUUCAUCUUAUGUGCAAAAGGUCUAAGUGCUCUUCUUAAUUCCUCUGAGGAAAGAGGCCUCACCAAGGGGGUAACUUUGGCUAGAGGUGGUACAAGGAUAAAUCAUCUGCUGUUUGCAGAUGAUUGUGUCCUUUUUGGGAGGGCAAACUGUGAGGAAUGGGAGAAUCUUAUGGAGGUGUUGAAGGUGUAUGAAAGAGCAUCGGGUCAGUUUUUGAAUAAAGAAAAAACCUCGAUUUUCUUUAGCUCAAACACUAAGUCAGUCUGCAAGGAUUUGAUCUUGAGAGAUGGGGGUUCUAUUGUUUGUGGCAGCUAUGAGAAAUACCUUGGACUCCCAUCUGUGGUGGGACGAUCUAAGCAUAAUACCUUCAAGAGCAUUAAGGACAGGAUAUGGCAGAAGAUAAGUUGCUGGAAAAACAGAUUCCUUUCCACAGCUGGGAAAGAGGUUCUGUUGAAAGCAGUCCUACAAGCUGUUCCCACCUAUACCAUGAGUGUUUUUAAGAUUCCCAAGUCUUUGUGCAUUGAGAUUAAUAGGAUGUUUGCAAGAUUCUGGUGGGGCAGUGCAGAUGGUGAGAAGAGAAUCCAGUGGCAGAGUUGGGAAAGGAUGGGGAAACAAAAGUCAAAAGGUGGUCUGGGAUUUCGGGAUUUGGAUAGUUUUAAUUCAGCCCUUCUAGCCAAGCAAGCAUGUAGGCUUUUACAGAACCCUUUUUCUUUGGCAGCUACAAUAUUUAGAGAAAAAUAUUUUAAUACUAAGCACUUGUUGGCAGCAAAGCUGGGUUCUAACCCUUCACUAAUUUGGAGGAGCAUAUGGGGUUCUUUAAAAUUGCUUAAGGAAGGUUUGAGAUGGAGAGUAGGGAAUGGAAAAAGCAUUGAAAUAUGGGGUCAUAAGUGGCUCAAUUCCCCUUCCACUUUCAAAGUCCAAUCUCCUGUUAGAGUUUUGGAGCAAGAGGCUCGGGUAUGUGAACUUUUAGAUCAGAGUGGUUCAAGCUGGAAUGAGAAUCUAGUCAGAGAGAUUUUCCUCAAAGAAGAAGCUGAACAAAUAUGUAGCUUGCCAGUGAGUAAGCUAGGAUCAGAAGAUAAGUUGAUAUGGGGGCCUUCCAAAAGAGGUCUAUUCACUGUUAAGAGUGCAUAUUAUUUGGAACAAGAGAGGAAAAGUAGGCUGAAGGGGGAAUGCUCCACAGAAAAGAAAGCUGAUUCGAUAUGGAAAAACAUUUGGAGCUUAAGAGUUCCAGGGGUGGUCAAGACUUUCUUAUGGAAGGUGGGGAAUGAUGUGCUAGCAACAAGGAAGAAUUUAUGGAGGAGGAGAGUAAUAGAGAGUGCAACCUGCCCAAUAUGCAAGAGGGAAGGGGAGACAGCCAUGCAUAUCUUGUGGCAGUGCCCUGCAGCCAGAGAUGUAUGGGCUGGAUCUUUUCGAGCAAUUCAAAAAUGGACAGCUGAGGAAGACUGUUUCUUAGCUUUCUGGGAUAAAGCAAUGCAAAAGCUUGAGGCUGAAGAUUUAGAGAUAGUAGCUGUGGCAAAGACAAUACUGGAAGAUUUCAAAGAAGCUCAACUACAGAUAAUAAAUCCAAUAGAGGAACCGAGACAGCUUGAAACUAGUGGGAGCAAUAGAGGAAGACAUGUGCUAUGGAAAAAACCUGAUCAAGGAGGCUUUAAAGCAAAUUGGGAUGCUGCUCUCAAUAGCAAAUUUAUGGGGCUUGGAGUGGUUAUAAGAAACGAGAAUGGGGAGGUAGUGGCUUGUGCUUGCAGUAGGAGAUUGCCUGCUCCAAAUUCGGAUGUUGCAGAAUCUGUUGCUCUAUGGUUUGCAGUGGAGUUAUGUUGUGAGCUGGGUUUUAACAGAGUCACUUUUGAAGGAGAUGCUCAAGCAGUGGUUAAAGAUGUGAAUAGCAAGGAAGAAGAUUUGUCAUGCAGAGGCCACAUUAUAGAGGAUAUAAAAACUACACUGUCCAAUGUGUAUCGGAGAGAUUGGACAGUGCAGUUUAUAGGAAGAAAAGGAAAUGAAGUAGCUCACUUACUUGCAAAGUAUGCUUUAAACAUAGAUUUUGAUAAGAGAUGGAUAGAUGAAUGUCCUGAUUUUAUUUUUUUACAAGAACAGUUGUCUGCUUCAAAUCCUCAACUUAAAUGUUCUGAAGACAAUGGGUCAUUUGCAACCUACCGUCAUCGUCGCAAAUUUAUACAUUUUAUGAUGGCAUUUUGUGAGGAUUUUGAAUCUACUCAGGUAUCUCUUUUGCAUCACACACUUCUUCCCUCUCUUGAGAUUGCAGUUGCUGAACUUAUCUCAGAAGAGAAUCAUUGUUCAACCAUGAAGAUGCAAAGUCAGGAUUCAGUUGUUGCUGCCAUCCCAAAGACUACCUUUGGGCCUUUUCCAGCCUUGGGUCUUAACCUUAUAUUUUCUAAUGCUGGUGUUGAUGUGCAAGAUCCACAGACGGGUCAACUCAUUGGGACGGACCAUAAGAUUGGACAGAUUCUGAACUCCUCAGAUAGUUCUUCCACUGCUGCACCCAAUCCAGUUGAUGCGUUUGAUGGACCACCUGCAACACCACUCAUUCCUCAGUCUUCUCAACUCCCUAAACCUCGUCAUUCCAGUCGGGUAAGUGUUCCUCCUACUCGUCUCCGUGAUUAUCAUUGUUUCUCUAUCCUUGCUACCCUCCACAAACCUCACAAUUAUCGUGAGACUUUGGGAUCCAAGUGGAUUUAUAAAAUCAAGACUCGGAUAGAUGGAUCAAUUGAACACAACAAGGCUCGACUUGUUGCAAAGGGGUUCAUCCAAGAGUAUGAGAUUGACUAUGAGGAAACUUUUGCUCCUGUUGCUAGAGUUACCUCUGUCUGA